GGUCGCCUAUCCCCUCGCCUCAUCUUAUCCCCCUCCGUCCCCGCUUCCUCCUCCUCUUCCUCCCGCUCACUCCCGAAGCGAAGCCUCGAGAGCUCCCAAUGGCUUCCACCACGUUCUCCUCCGCCUUCUCCAUCCUCUCUCUCCCCUCUUCCUCACCAUCCCCCUCCGCCUCGGCCCCCAGGACCCUCCCCGUCGCCAACCGCCGCCGCCGCGCCGUCGCCGUCGCCUCCACCGUCACUGAGUCCCCGAAGGUCCUUGAGCUCGGCGACGCCAUUGCCGGGCUCACCCUUGAGGAGGCUCGCAACCUUGUCGACCAUCUCCAAGAACGUCUUGGCGUCUCUGCCGCCUCCUUCGCUCCCGCUGCCGCGGUCGCGGCUCCCGCCGCGGCGGCGGCCGAGGAGGCACCGGUCGAGAAGACGGAGUUCGACGUGGUCAUCGAGGAGGUGCCCAGCAGCGCGCGUAUCGCAACCAUCAAGGUUGUGCGCGCACUGACCAACCUGGCGCUGAAGGAGGCCAAGGAUCUUAUCGAGGGGCUCCCAAAGAAGCUCAAGGAGGCAGUGAGCAAGGACGAGGCCGAGGAGGCCAAGAAGCAGCUCGAGGGAGUCGGCGCCAAGGUGUCCAUAGCGUGAGACUAGAACAAUGUGAGUAUUACCUUGGACAUGGCAUGUGAGUUUGGGUAGUUGAAGAACACGGACUCCCCAGAUGCAGAUAUAUGUGUGGCGCUGACACUGGGAAGUUCUCUGAAAAUAUUGUGUGUUGUUUCUCUAGAGUAUUUUGUUUUCCCCCGUGAUUCGAAUCUAUCGAAGCCGUUGAAUGUUUCUUUACGCCCACUUUGUAUUUCUGAAUCUCUAGUUCUGCUUUCCAAGUGUAAUCGGGUGAUGCUGUUGCACCCUUGAUGUUACCCAUCCACAAGGAUCAAGUAAGCCAACGGAAAGAGUUUCACUUU